AUGGCUGACGGUGUUUUCCAAGGUGCUAUUGGUAUCGAUUUAGGUACCACUUACUCCUGUGUUGCUACUUAUGAUUCUGCUGUUGAAAUCAUUGCCAAUGAGCAAGGUAACAGAGUUACUCCUUCCUUCGUUGCUUUCACCGAAGAAGAAAGAUUGAUCGGUGAUGCCGCCAAAAAUCAAGCUGCCUUGAACCCAAAGAACACCGUUUUUGACGCUAAGCGUUUGAUCGGUAGAGGUUUCGAAGAUGAAUCCGUCCAAAAAGAUAUCAAGUCUUGGCCUUUCACUGUCUUGAGCGACAACGGUAACCCAGUUAUCGAAGUUGACUACUUGGGUGAAAAGAAGACUUUCUCUCCUCAAGAAAUCUCCUCCAUGGUCUUGACCAAGAUGAAGGAAAUUGCUGAAGCUAAGAUUGGUAAGAAGGUUGAAAAGGCUGUUGUUACCGUUCCAGCUUACUUUAACGAUGCUCAAAGACAAGCCACUAAGGAUGCUGGUGCCAUUGCCGGUUUGAACGUCUUGAGAAUUAUCAACGAACCAACUGCUGCUGCCAUUGCUUACGGUUUAGGUGCUGGUAAGUCCGAAAAGGAAAGACAUGUGUUGAUUUUCGAUUUGGGUGGUGGUACUUUCGAUGUCUCUUUGUUGAAGAUCGAAGGUGGUGUUUUCACCGUUAAGGCUACUGCUGGUGACACUCACUUGGGUGGUCAAGAUUUUGACACCAACUUGUUGGACUUCUUCAAGAAGGACUUCCAAAAGAAGACUGGUUUGGACAUCUCCGGUGACUCCAGAGCUUUGAGAAGAUUGAGAACUGCUUGUGAAAGAGCUAAGAGAACCUUGUCUUCUGUCACUCAAACCACUGUUGAAGUCGACUCUUUGUUCGACGGUGAAGAUUUCUCCGCUAACAUCACCAGAGCUAGAUUCGAAGACAUCAACUCUGCUUUGUUCAAGUCCACUUUGGACCCAGUUGAACAAGUUAUGAAGGAUGCUAAGAUUGCUAAGUCCGCUGUCGAUGAAGUUGUCUUGGUUGGUGGUUCCACCAGAAUUCCAAAGGUCCAAAAGUUGUUGUCUGACUUCUUUGAUGGUAAGCAAUUGGAAAAGUCUAUUAACCCAGAUGAAGCUGUUGCUUACGGUGCCGCUGUUCAAGGUGCUAUCUUGACUGGUCAAUCCACUUCUGAAGAUACCAAGGACUUGUUGUUGUUGGAUGUUAUCCCAUUGUCUUUGGGUGUUGCCAUGCAAGGUAACGUUUUCGCUCCAGUUGUCCCAAGAAAUUCGACUGUUCCAACUAUCAAGAGAAGAACUUUCACCACUGUUGCCGACCACCAAACCACUGUUCAAUUCCCAGUGUACCAAGGUGAAAGAGUCAACUGUACCGAAAACACUUUGUUGGGUGAAUUCGACUUGAAGAACAUCCCACCAAUGUCUGCUGGUGAACCAGUGUUGGAAGCCAUCUUCGAAGUUGAUGCCAACGGUAUCUUGAAGGUUACCGCUGUUGAAAAGUCCACCGGUAGAUCCGCUAACAUCACCAUCUCUAACUCCAUCGGUAGAUUGUCUUCUGAUGAAAUCGAAAAGAUGAUUGAAGAUGCUGAAAAAUUCAAGUCUUCUGACGAUGCUUUCGCCAAGAGACACGAACAAAAGCAAAAGUUGGAAGCUUAUGUUGCUUCUGUUGAAACCACCAUCACCGAUCCAGUUUUGUCUGCUAAGUUGAAGAAGUCUGCUAAGGACAAGAUCGAAACCGCUUUGUCUGAAGCUUUGGCUGCUUUGGAAAUCGAAGACUCCUCCGCUGACGACUACAGAAAGGCUGAAUUGUCGUUGAAGAGAGCCGUCACCAAGGGUAUGUCCACUCGUUAA